GGGGAGGAGGCAGCAGUAUCCUAGCAACUACAUCACGCAAACAUAAUGAAACAUGGCGGAUGAUAAGGAUAAUGCAGAGGCCAUCCUCUCAGAGGUUCAUAAGAAGAUCAGUGAUGCCUUUGAUCUAUUUGACCAUGAGUUCAACAAAACAGUAGAUGUCAGGGAGAUUGGAACCAUAAUACGGUCACUGGGAUGUUUUCCAUCAGAGGUAGAAUUACAUGAUGUCAUUUCUGAAGCUGAAGAUGAGGAGCCAAUGGGAUACAUUCGCUUUGAGAGGUUCCUUCCGGUCAUGACGAGGGUCCUGAUGGAACGCAAGUUCCAGCCCAUCACAGAGGAUCUGCUGCUCCAGGCGUUUGAGGUUUUAGAUCAACAGAAUAAAGGCUAUUUAGAAGCAGAAGAAUUAACAAAGUAUAUGACACUGGAAGGAGAACCCUUCACCCAAGAGGAGAUGGAGGAGAUGCUCUCAGCUGCCCUUGACCCUGAGAAGAAUGUUGUCGCCUACAAGGACUUUGUGAGCAUGAUGGUCAUUGAUGAUGCUCAGUGAUCGCCUGUUCAGAACCCAAACAGUGUCGGACUGGGGAGUGGUCCCUGAACUAUCCCCCCCCCCCCCCCACACACACACACACAAAAUGUCAUCGACUCAUUACAUUCUUCUGCCAAUGAAGAUGAUAAUAACAUUCCAUUAAAAAAAGCAAAGUCUUUCUUUAUUUACACAUUCUCUCCAGAGAAAUACAGAAGGUAUUCCCACAAAUCCUUUAUUAUUGGUUGUGUAUCACCAAAGCUAAUAAAAUUUUACUCAACUGA